GCAGAGUUCGAAGCUGAAACUCUCUCUCUCUCUCCGUGGUUGCUUCGAUCAACACCUUGACAAUCUCAAUUGCUCAGUAGAUUGAAAGUAAAAAAGGUUUUGGCAAGGAGUCGUCCCCCCCGCUGCGAUGGCGACGGCGACGUAUCCACCGCCACCACCGUAUUACAGGCUUUACAAGGAUUACGCACAGGACCCGGAAUCGGCUCCCGAGCCUCCCCCUCCUAUCGAGGGCACCUACACGUGCUUCGGCGGAACUUACACCACCGAUGACGUGCUUCCCAGCUUGGAAGAGCAGGGGGUGAGACAGCUUUACCCUAAAGGGCCUAAUAUUGAUUUCAAGAAGGAACUGAGAUCGCUGAACAGAGAACUGCAACUGCACCUUUUGGAGCUGGCUGAUGUUCUUGUCGAGAGACCAUCACAGUAUGCUAGGAGGGUGGAGGAAAUCUCUCUUAUAUUCAAGAAUGUACAUCACCUUCUCAAUUCAUUACGUCCCCAUCAGGCCAGAGCGACACUAAUACACAUCCUGGAACUCCAGAUACAACGGCGUAAACAGGCGGUUGAAGACAUUAAGAGGAGGAGAGAGGAGGUACAGAGACUCCUCAAAGAAUCCCUGGGAACCUUGGAUGGCCACUAGCAGAAGACAAUGCAAACAAACGGAGCUGCAUUUGGUCAUUUAGCGAUUUGCCAAUUGGAUUACAAUGAGGCACAUCAUGAAAAUCAUGUAGGAGUAAUAGUUUCUUCUUAUGCUGUCAAAAUAUUUUUUCUUUGGGAGGUGAAUUUCAAUUAUGUCUAAAAUAUGCUGUUGAGUUUUAGCUGAUGUAGAUGAUCCGACUUGUUUGGAAAGUUAAAACUAACCAUUAGGAUGCGUUAGCUGCUGAAAUCAAAUCUAAUCUGCUAUCAUUUUCAUGGA